AUGGCCAAAAAGCAAAUGAAUUUGAGAGAGGGAAAACACAGUGGGUGGUGCCUUAUUGCCUUGGUGGGGUUGAUCGAGAAUGACCAUGCGGCUUUGACAAAUGAAGAUGUUUUUGUGGAUGAAGGUAAUUUCUGUCCAUCAAAAGAAUCCAAUAACCACGUUUUUGUGGAUGAAGAUGUUUCGAAUGGCAACCAACAAACCUCCGAUCGGAAUCAAGCUCACUCGGCGGCAACAAACCCUACCUCUAGAUCCGAUCAUGGAGCCUUUGGUCCCUGGAUUCAUGCCAAGCAGAGUUCGCGGCGGAAUUCAAGCAGAUAUUCUGUCAAUUCUCCUAAACUGCCGCAACAAAUAAAUGCUCCCAAGAGAGGUUCGCGUUUUGAUUUUCUGUCAAAACUAAAGGAAAGUUCGUCUCUGCCUAAUCACACAAGCCAAGCCCACUUUGCCAAGAGAAAGACCCAAACCCGGACUGACCAAAGCCCAAAUGAAGCUCAACUUUCUCCUUAA